AUGUCUGAAACCUCGGGAGGGACCCCCGAUCUUCAAGGGGCUUCUGGGAAACCCUUUCAAGAUGAAGGCGGGGCACAGCAGCUCUUUCCGCCCGCCAGCCACUGCCACCCCAUGUCUGUGUUCUUGACGCCUCAGUACCGCAAUUUGUCGUUGUUUGGUGUGACGGCCGAAGAAGACGCGCAAAUACACGCCGAGGUCGUGCAGCAAAUCAAGGCCCAGAGAGCAGUUGAAAAGUUCAUCAACGACGGCUGUCUCCUCAGGGCAGCGACCACAAGCGUGGGGGGCGGCCUCCUGGGUAAGCCGCAUCGUCGUGAGUGCCGCAGUUACCUGGCUUCAAGGGCCGAUGGUUCGGGCUCUAGAACCUCACCGGCCGAAACAUUAGCGGGACCUCCAGGACCUGUGCCUAAGGGCCUCUUGACAUCGGAGUUGUAUUCUAUUGCGUUAUGCGGCGCUGAGUUAUGUUGUGAUUUGUUUUAUGGGAUUGUACUUGGUGCUUUUUUCUUCACGAUGAAGCCUGUAGACGUGGACAGCUCUUUGGGAUUGCGGGCGCAGAUCAGGCAGCAGUACAAGUCCUUUAUACCGGAUGUCGCCGCGACAGCCAAGAACUUUGCAAAAAUUGGGGGCCUCUAUUCCCUCUUUGAGUGCGCCGUUGACAAGGCAAGAGCAACCCACGACUUGCGCGGAGCCAUUUAUGGCGGUUGCUUGACGGGCGCCGCAUUGGCUGUCAGAGAAGCAGAUGACGGGAGACAGCUGCCGAUGUUCGUGGCUUGCUGGCCUGUCCAACGGACCAAGGUCGGUCUGAUGCCUUUCAGCGUCGUGCCGUUUCUGCUGUCCAAACAAGUUAUUCCGCCCUAG